AUGCAUUUGGUAUCGGUAACUGUCAUUAACAAAAUUAUCCAAAUCUCCAAAAUUUCCACUUGUGCUUACCUCAUAUCACAUUAUGACAGCAAUAGUAAUAAUAAUAAUAAUAAUAAUAAUAAUAAUAAUAAUAAUAAUAAUAAUAAUAAUAAUAAUAAUAAUAAUAAUAAUAAUAAUAAUAAUAAUAAUAAUAAUAAUAAUAAUAAUAAUAAUAAUAAUAAUAAUAAUAAUAAUAAUAAUAAUAAUAAUAAUAAUAAUAAUAAUAAUAAUAAUAAUAAUAAUAAUAAUAAUAAUAAUAAUAAUAAUAAUAAUAAUAAUAAUAAUAAUAAUAAUAAUAAUAAUAAUAAUAAUAAUAAUAAUAAUAAUAAUAAUAAUAAUAAUAAUAAUAAUAAUAAUAAUAAUAAUAAUAAUAAUAAUAAUAAUAAUAAUAAUAAUAAUAAUAAUAAUAAUAAUAAUAAUAAUAAUAAUAAUAAUAAUAAUAAUAAUAAUAAUAAUAAUAAUAAUAAUAAUAAUAAUAAUAAUAAUAAUAAUAAUAAUAAUAAUAAUAAUAAUAAUAAUAAUAAUAAUAAUAAUAAUAAUAAUAAUAAUAAUAAUAAUAAUAAUAAUAAUAAUAAUAAUAAUAAUAAUAAUAAUAAUAAUAAUAAUAAUAAUAAUAAUAAUAAUAAUAAUAAUAAUAAUAAUAAUAAUAAUGACUUGAUACAAAAUAGUUAUCUACGAGAAACUCACAAGAAGAUCUAA